AAACAGAGACAAAGGAAGGGAAGAAACAAAAAAAAAAAAAAAAAAAGAGAGAGAGAGUAAACAAACAUGGCGAAGCGAUUCCGGUUAAGGAUUUCCAGAAUCAUUCCUUCGUUCCAUUCAUGCGGUUCCAAAGACUCGUCGUUUUCCCAAUUCUCUCCGGCCACCCCUACCGUACUUCCCAAACACCGCUCACCACUGCCAUCCAAACCCCAUCGAUCUUUCCUGAAGCCCCACGUGUCGUCCGCUUUCGGAUGCUGCAACAGAUCGAAGCCCACACUCUCUGACGACGACCGCAGCGAAUCCCCGCCCGAGUUUCGCUGGGAGAAAGAGGACAAGUACUGGCACGUGAUCACCACGCCAAAGACAAACGACGUCGUCCAGACCCAAACUCCUCGCCGCAAAAUCUACAACUCCUCCGCCGAAGACGACGACGUUUUGCCCCCACCGCCGCCUCCUCCUUCUGCGGAGAAGAAGAAAAAACGACGAACCAAGAUGAAGAAGCAGAAGAGAACGACAUUAAGAACCAUCCGAGUCAGCACCUCCUCCGCGGAAAGCGGACUCUUCAGCAGCGACGGCUUCGACGACGACGUGGACGACGAAGAAAUCGAAACUCUCGUCUCCACUUCUAGAAGCUUCUCCACCGACUCUCUCGGAACCAUUCGCGAGCUCGCCGCACCGAAUCAUCACCCGACGACCACAACCAGACGUAAUAAAAAGAAGAAGAAGAAGAAGGUCGCCAAACGGCGCGUUUCGGAGAGCGAGUGGUGGAGUACUACCGAAACGUCGUCCGAAACGGCGGCGCCCGCGAGGCUGUCGGUGUUCCAGAGGCUGAUACCGUGCAGCGUGGAGGGGAAGGUGAGGGAGAGCUUCGCGGUGGUGAAGAGGUCGGAGGAUCCGUACGAGGAUUUCAAGAGGUCAAUGAUGGAGAUGAUUCUGGAGAAGCAGAUGUUCGACGACAAGGAUUUGGAGCAGCUCUUGCACUGUUUCUUGUCGCUCAAUUCAAAGCACCACCAUGGGGCUAUCGUCCGAGCUUUUAUCGAGAUUUGGGAAGUCUUGUUCUGUGCUUCCAGUACGAGAUCUAGUUCCGCCUCUGGUAGAAGAGUUUCUAGGGCUCUUUAAAUUAGAAAUCAUAUAUUAUAUUAAAUAAGCUAAAAAAAGAAGAUUU